AUGAUUCGUAAUUAUCAACGAAAAACAAAGCCUGUUGACCAAAAAAUUUUGGCAAAAGCGAUUAAAACUGUGCAAAAUGGAAAUUCGAUUUCGAAAACAGCGAAAAAUUUCAACUUGAAUUUUGAAACAUUGAGAACUCAUGUCAAUCGUUCGGGUGCGAUACAAACGGAAAGACAACAUAAGGCAGUGAAUAAAACGCAAUUGACACAAGCAAUUACAUCAGUUAACAAGGGCACAGGGAUAAGAAAAGUCGCUGAUGAUUUUAAUAUUAACUACCCAAUUUUGCGAAGUAACGUCAGUUCCUCCAAGGAGCAUUAUUAUAAGGUUUUUAGCACCGAACAAGAAACGGCUUUGAUGAAUUAUUUGCUCAAGUCUAGUGAUUUGUUUUACGGUUUGUCGACAAGAGAUGUUCAAAGUCUUGCAUUUAGUUUCGCUAAACAAUUGAACCUUCCGAUGCCAAAAAGUUGGCAGGAGAAUAAAAUUGCCGGCGUAGAUUGGUUAAUUGGUUUUAUGAAGCGCCAUACAAAUUUAUCUCUCCGAAAACCUCAAGCAACCAGCCUGGCAAGAGCGACGAGUUUCAACCGACACAAUGUUUCAAUGUUUUACAAGAAUUUAGCGACAGUUAUGGACGAAUUAAAAGUGUUACCUCAACAGAUUUGGAACAUGGAUGAAUCUGGCGUUACGACCGUUCAAAGACCAGAUCGUGUAAUUGCUAAACGUGGUGUGAAACAAGUUGGCAAAUUGACGUCGGCAGAAAGAGGUCAACUAAUUACAAUUGCACUUGCAGUAUCUGCAACUGGAUCGUCGAUUCCGCCAUUCUUUAUUUUUCCGCGUGUUCGAUUUCAGCCGCGGUUUUUAGACGGAGCACCACAUGGUUCAACUGGCGCGGCACAUAUAUCUGGAUGGAUGACUGCUGACAGCUUUUUAAUGUUUUUGAAACAUUUUCAAUUCUGUGUUGGGGCAUCGAAAGAUCAACCAAAAUUGUUAUUGCUCGAUAAUCAUGAUUCGCAUUUAUCGAUUCAAGCAUUGGAUUAUUGUGUCGAGCAUGGCAUUCAUCUUGUAUCAUUCCCGCCACACUGUACACACAAAUUACAGCCACUCGAUCGUAGCGUAUUCGGUCCAUUUAAAUCAGCUAUUGGUCGCUCAUUUGAUGCGUGGAUGAGAAACCAUCCUGGUAGAACAAUCACUAUUGCCGACCUUCCAGCUUUAUUAAAUGAACCAUACAAAGCGGCUGUCACACCGUCAAAUAUCCUGGCAGGCUUUGAAUGUACUGGUAUCUUCCCUUUCAAUGACAAUAAGUUUACAGACCUCGACUUCAUGCCAGCCAGUGUGACUGACCGUCCAUUACCGGAAGAAAUCAGUGCAGAACCAAAUGUAGCUGCUCAAGUUGUCAUUGAUGAACAAAAUAAUGAAGUGGAUUUGGAUUCUACGAUAGAGUCAAUAUUACCAUUUCCAGUAGCAGCGCCACGGAAAACGCAUCGCGGGCGAAAACGUCGUUUCACAUCGAUUUUGACUAGUAACGAGUCAAUGGUAUCAUUGCGAGAAGAACAGUUGGCAGCUGCCAAUAGGAGAGCUAGUCGUGGUCGGGGUCGUGGUCGUGGUCGGACAUCUGAAAUCGUGACGUCACGAAUCAAAGUGGCAGACAUCACUGUCAUUUCUUUUUAA